GAGCGCACCCAGCUGAGCGCUUAAAGCAGACGGACGAGACACACGGAGCGGCAGCAUCAUGACCAGUACCGGGCCACGCCACACACCGUCUCUCUGCACACUCACACAGGAGGACCAACGCACCACCGGCACUCGCAUCGCUCACCGGCUCACAACCGCACGCCGGCCACUCGCGACCGACGCUCUCGCCUGCCUGCUCUGGACACUCGCCGACAGCUCAGCUGUCGCCUGUCAAAGCACGCCUCUCUCAUCCGUUACCUGUCACCUGUCGCCUGCCAAGCGCGUCUCACCUGUCGCCUGCGAGGCGCGACUCCCCUGCUCGCUCACAUUCGCCCACCUGCAGCGGGAUCGGGAUUUUACAUCACCGCGGAGUUUUGGGGAGACCGAGAGAUGCCGGCAGGACAGGGAUCUCAUUCUCCGCAGGUGACUCUCAGCCAGGGACGCGGAGGAGCCUCGUCUCAGAGUGAAGCGGCUCAGCGCCGGGGAUGUUGAGGCGCGCGUGAGAGACACGCCGAGAGAGCGAGAGAGAACGGGAGAGGGCGAGAACCAUGAACAACUCAUCGCUGACAGUGAACGGGAGCAGUUCGCUCUUCACCAUUAGCCAGGUGACGACCCCGGCCUGCAUGUUCGCCGUGGGCGUUUUCAGCAACCUGGUGGCCAUCGUGGUGCUGUGCGUAUCGCGCAAGGAAAAGAAGGAGACGACGUUCUACACGCUCGUGUGCGGCCUCGCGGUCACCGACCUGCUGGGCACGUGCCUCACCAGCCCCAUCGUGAUCGACACCUACCUGGCCGGCUUCAAGUGGCGCGGGGGGCAGCCGCUGUGCGACUACUUCGCCUUCAUGCUGCUCUUCUUCGGCUUGGCAGGCAUGUCAAUCCUGUGCGCCAUGGCCGUGGAGCGCUACCUGGCCAUCAACCACCCGUACCUGUACGGCAGGCACGUGCGUCCAGCGACUGGGCGCUGGGCCCUGUUGGCUGUCUAUGCGCUCAACGUGCUCCUGUGCGCUCUGCCCAGCAUGGGCGUGGGCCGCUGCGUGCGCCAGCACCCGGACACGUGGUGCUACAUCGACUGGAAGAAACACGACGGACCGCAGAAGGCCUUCGCCUUCACGUACGCGGUGCUCAGCGCCGCGCUCGUGCUCGUCACCGUGUGCUGCAACGCGUGCGUGUGCGCGGCCCUCGUGGCCAUGAGGAGGCGAGCCUCCGCCACGAGGGCGGCCGAGGGGGCGGCGAGGCACGGUCCGAGGAGGAGCUCCCCCGGCGGACCCGGGAGGUUCGCGGUGCCCGCAGCGCUCGCGUUCGGCGGCUCCGGCGUCAGACAGCGGAGGUUCGCGCUGGGGUGCCGGCUCUCGGGAGUCGAGGUGCAGAUGAUGUGUCUGCUCGUCGCCAUGACCGCCGUGUUCGUCGUUUGCUCCGUGCCACUCGUGGUGAGGAUUUUUGUGAACCAGCUAUCGAGCAACUCGCCCCAGGACGAGAAGUCAUCGCAAAAGCUGGACCUGCAGGCCAUCCGCAUGGCAUCGUUCAACCCCAUCCUGGACCCGUGGGUCUACAUCCUGUGUCGGCGCAAGCUGCUGGGACGCUGCGUGCACCUGUGCCGGCGCUUGCUGUGCAAGAUGAGCGAGAACAACGCGACUCGGCCCGAGAGGAGACCCCCCGGUGACCCCGUGAGCGUGUUCACUUUGCCGGCGCCGACAGAUGGCACGCCGCGCAUGGAGCGCACGGAAUGCACGCACGUGGGGCCCUGAACCGCUUCGGACACGCGGCCUGCGUUGGCUUCAAUUGGGCGGGGAGGGGGGGGGGCUCCCAUCUGGGGGGUAUCAUCUCGGAGCCUGGUGGCAACGAGCGGACCCAACAAUAGAGAUCAAUCGUACGAUCGUGCUCUGAGAUUGUCACCCCGAAGAGUGUCUGGUUGUUGUGCAGACUGUGAAUUGAGAUUGCCUGGCAAAAUUGUGAAACGAGGUUGUGUCCACUGAGAUUGUCCGUUUGAAAUCAUCUACCAAAAUGGUCCGACUAAAGAUUGUCUGCUGAGAUUGAACGCUGAGCAGCAUCCGCUUCGAGGGGUAGCGCGGGACAUGGUGGGGACUUGCGACCGAGAAGGAGCAGACGAAUGUCAGAGAAUCAACCGCAAUGCAUCCACGGCCUGGAAUGGACACGUGGGCCAGGGGCCAGGCUGUGGUUAUGCCGCUCGCUCGGCUGCCAGCUAAUGGGCCAAGCCAUUAUGAUUCUGCCUGCCACCUGCGCGCGUGAGUGUGUGGGGAGCGGUAGUGUAGCGGUUAGCAUGCUGCGCUACGAACCCGGCGUCCCGAGUUUGAUUCCCGCCAACGGCC